AUGGCGCACGAAGUGAAUAUAGGUCUGGAUGAGUCAGAGCGCCAACCUGUUGACAGAAAAUGAGAUUGCUCAGAGCAGUUUUAUAGCAGACUCAUUACUCACCUGGAUACAUACGUUGGAUCCUUCUCGCUCUCCAGUUCCCUCUCGCAUCUUUUUCUCUUUUUCCUCUGAUACGUUCAUCUUGUUAGCCUCGGACGUUCCUUCCUCGAUCGCCCCGGUUCUGAAACUCAAUUUCCUAUCCGUGACAGCGCAAUUUUAUGUUCUUACGCUGCAGCCUCGAUAUCAGCUUCGAAAUUUGUUAUCAACGUGUUUGUUAAUAUGAUCGUACGUAAGCGCGCGGCAACAUCGAGAUUUCGAUCAGUUUCUUCCCCCCCCUAGCCUCGGGGGAAAUAUUUCACUCCUCGUUGCGACGAAAAUUCCCUCCACGGGAAAAAUGAUAUAUAAUGUUACCGUGAUGGUUAUACAAUUUACUGAUAUUAUAAUAACUUAUUUUAUUAAUAUUGAAUAUAAUGAUAUGAAACAUAGUAUAUUUUAAAAUAUGAUAAUAUAAUGUAAUUCAAUAAUAUACAGUAUAUAUAUAUAUAUAAUAAUAUUUUUCUACAACCAAAUAGAAUUUAAACAUGAUCGCCUCUUAAAUCACCUUAAUCUGUGAUGUUAUUUUUCAUCAAGUAAUAAUCAAAUAUACUUAGUUGUACAACGUUGUAGUCACGUUAUAACCACCCUCGAUCGCAUUAUGCCUACUUACAGUCACUUUGUGCAUGCACGUGUUAACUUGUAACCACGUUGAAACAGUUUUUCAUCGCUUCAUCACUCACUCACGAGCAGAUUGUACGUGCAGACAAUUACUCUUAACACUUGUAAUCGUCAUAGUUGCUUAUAUAGUCGACUAUUUUUGAUCGACUUCUAUCAACUUUCGAUGAUCCAACUUCACGCGCGUCCAUUCGCAGAAUUUUCUUCUCCUUUUCCGUUUUAAUUUUUGAGGUUCCAUUGGAAUUCGUUCCAGCCGCGAGUUUGUUGUCGGCGAUGGAUCGAACGGCAGCGCCGUGCGUGAACUUUUUCCAAUACGCGUGCGGCACGUGGAACCGUCGUCACGUGAUCCCGGAGGAUCGAAGCUCGAUCAGUACCUUCGAGGUACUGGCCAAUCAGCUGCAGGUGAUCUUGAAACGUAUCCUGGAGGAGCCGCCAAACGACGAGGACAACAACGCCACUCUGAAGGCGAAGAUGUUCUACAAAUCGUGCAUGAACAUCCCUCGUAUAAGGGAGAUCGGCGAUGCUCCACUGAAAAGGACACUGAAGUUCCUUGGAGGUUGGCCAGCAGUGAUUGGUCCAUCUUGGAAGCCACCGCCGUACUCGAUCGAGGUUUUGCUAGGUCGAUUACGCGGAGACUACAACGAGGGUGUGUUACUGGAACAGUGGGUCGGUCCAGAUGACAAGAACUCCUCUGUGAAUAUCCUGCAGUUGGAUCAGAUGCAAGUGGCGUUGCCAAGCAGGGAUUAUUACUUGAAGAAGAGCAGCGAGGCUCAACUGAACGCGUACCAUCGCUACAUGACGAACGUUGCUGUCUUGAUGGGUGCUAAUCCGCAAACCGCUGCCGAAGAAUUCAAUCGCGUGAUCAACUUGGAGAAACAAUUGGCAAACGCGUCGAUAGCGGAGGCUGAUAGGCACGACACGUCGGCCAUUUACCGGAAGUUGACGCUGCGCGAGCUGCAGUAUGAAAUCCCGCAGCUGAAGUGGCGCGAGUAUCUUCAAGAAUUCAUCAACUCGCCGAUUACGGAAGAGGAGCCGAUCGUGGCGUACGCUAUGCCGUACUUUAUGGAGAUGGGUCGUAUCGUGCAGAGAACGGAUCGGAGAACGCUGCACAAUUACAUACUAUGGAGGCUGGUGAUGUCGAUAAUGCCUCACAUGAUAGACGAAUACCAGCAGAAGAGGGUGGAAUUCCGGAAAAUUCUGUUGGGCAUACUAAGCGAAAGGGACAGAUGGUCGCAAUGCGUCGAGUGGACGAAUAAAAAGCUUGGCAUGGCUGUUGGUGCACUUUUCAUUCGUGACAAUUUCAACCACGACAGCAAGGAGACAGCGUUAGAAAUGAUCCGCACGAUACGAGAGGCGUUCAACGAAUUAUUAGUUGAAAAUCAUUGGAUGGACAACGAAACCAGAGCCGUGGCGAAAAGCAAAGCUAACUCCAUGAACGAAAGAAUCGGGUAUCCAGAAUUUUUAAAGGAUCCCGAAGAGCUUUCAAAGGAAUACGUGAUGUUGAAUAUCACGGAGAAUCAUUUCCUUGAGAACGUGUUAGCCGUACUGAAGUACGACGCUUAUCAUAAUCUCGAGAAGUUACGGAAGCCAGUUGAUAAAGAUAAAUGGUCUACAGAGCCAGCCGUGGUGAAUGCCUUCUACAACCCCAAUAAAAACGACAUUGUCUUUCCAGCUGGAAUCCUUCAGCCACUCUUCUACUCGCAGCACUUUCCAAAGUCAUUGAACUACGGUGGAAUAGGUGUAGUAAUUGGUCAUGAGAUUACCCACGGUUUCGAUGACAAGGGGCGUCAGUUCGACAAAGAUGGGAACAUGAUGCAGUGGUGGAACAACGCCACUGUGAAGGCUUUCAGGGAAAGGGCUCAAUGCAUAGUGGAACAGUAUUCCAAAUACAAGCUGCAGGAAGUUGAUCUGUAUAUCAAUGGGAGGAUGACUCAGGGGGAGAACAUUGCUGAUAAUGGAGGGCUGAAACAAUCAUUCAGGGCAUACAAAAAAUGGGUAUCGAUACACGGUGAGGAGCCAUUGCUUCCUGGGGUGAAUCUCACUCACGAUCAGCUGUUCUUUUUGAACUACGCGCAAAUAUGGUGCGGAUCGAUGAGACCAGAGGAUGCGUUGACGAAAAUACGAAGCAGCGUACACUCACCGGGUCCUAUAAGAGUUUUAGGCCCCCUGUCCAACAGCGAAGACUUUGCCAGGGCCUACAACUGUCCCCCAGACUCACCGAUGAACCCAACUGAAAAGUGCAACGUUUGGUAAUGGUGAAAUGAUUGAAAGACGAGGAAUAUUCAAAUGGAAUUUAUGUAAUAAUUGGAAAACUGUGGCGUCUAGUGCUCUGAACAGACUAUCGUAUAAUCGUAUAUCGAGCAUCGGGUAACCACGAUGGGACCACAAAAGACUGUAGAGUUUUAUUUCGUUGUGGUUCAACUGUGAUGCGAGUUGCAUAGCAAAGCAGGGAGGUUUCCACUUCACAGUGUGUGCAUACACAGCGUAUGUGGAAGAAGAGUGUGUGCUAGUUGAAACAGAAAUUACACGGAGGGUAACGAGAAAAAUCUGACCGCUAAAAUUUCCAUCGACACAUGGAAAUGCUACAUGUGUAUAUAGAAGAUAUCGUUUUAAUCGUGCAUGUAAUCCUCUUUAUGUAUGAUUCAUCUCGUCGUGGACGAGGCUAAAAUAAACUUUUCGAUCGAAC